AUGUCAUUAAACGGUUCCGCACAUAAUAGGAAGGUAAUUGUGGUAAGAUUCGCCAAUGACACUAUUUCUGAUUUGCCAUUAGAUAUUACAAAUGUUGACUCUUCAAUAAUCACAACAUCAUGGUUAAGAAAAAUGUGCAGGCAACUAAGGCCUGCAGAAACUAAUGGUAAAAGGUUACGUUUCAUUCAGAAUGGGAGACCAUUGAAUUCCCACUCUAACUUGGGCAUUGAAAACUUUAAGGAGAAUCCUAGUAUUAAUGAAAUGUAUGUGCAUGGCAUAAUCGGUGCUAAAUUGACCCCUGAGGAAUUGGCGAAUGAAGAUAACCUUGAUGAGAACUUCUCUAACACAAAUGAAAACGGCACAACACAAGCCAUAGGAUUCGACCGAUUACGAAGCGUUGGUUUCUCUGAGCAAGAAAUUGAUUUGUUACGUCAACAAUUCUUGGCUACAUAUGGAGAUUUAGAGGCGGUUCCUGAUCGUCAGAACCAGGAUAUACGGCAAUUGGAAGAGCAGUGGAUGGAGACAGGGGCGAAUGACCCACAAGGGCAGCAGUUUAACUCUAUUGGAAUAGCCAACUGGAAAAGUAAUAUGGAUUUACUAAUUGGGUUGAGUAUAGGGUCGUUAUUAGGGGUGUUUAGUAUAUUGUUGCUAAAACAGGAAGGGUUGUUCUCACAACGUCAAAAAAUGUCGAUAAUAGCCGGUCUAAUAUUCAACAUUGCAAUGUGGGUACGAGCGUUUUAG